AAAAGAAAAAGAAAACAAACGAGUGAACGAAGAAGAGGUGAAUUCAUUUUCAACUCUGCUAGAGAGAGAAAGAGAGAAAGAGAGAAGUAUCAGAAGGUGAACCGGACAGAGGCCGGAGGCAGCCAUGGGAGAUGGCAGCGGGAACAGAGGCGUUACCCAUUCCAACAACAACAACAAUGGUGGUGGUGGGACCAGCAACAAGCCCGAGUGGCUUCAGCAGUACGAUCUAAUUGGGAAGAUCGGUGAGGGCACUUACGGCCUUGUCUUCCUCGCAAGAACCAAAACCCCUGGCAAUCGCGGCAAGUCCAUUGCCAUCAAGAAAUUCAAGCAGUCCAAGGACGGCGAUGGCGUCUCUCCCACCGCCAUCCGCGAAAUCAUGUUACUACGGGAGAUAUCGCAUGAGAAUGUGGUAAAGCUGGUGAAUGUUCAUAUCAACCAUGCCGACAUGUCGCUUUAUCUUGCUUUUGAUUACGCGGAGCAUGACCUCUAUGAAAUUAUUAGACAUCAUAGGGACAAGGUUAAUCACGCUAUCAAUCAGUACACUGUUAAGUCAUUGCUAUGGCAGCUACUCAAUGGAUUGAACUAUCUUCAUAGUAAUUGGAUCAUCCAUCGCGAUUUGAAACCGUCGAAUAUAUUGGUUAUGGGUGACGGAGAGGAACAAGGAGUUGUUAAAAUUGCUGAUUUUGGACUUGCUAGAAUAUAUCAAGCUCCAUUGAAGCCAUUAUCCGAAAAUGGGGUUGUGGUAACCAUUUGGUAUCGUGCUCCAGAGUUGCUUCUUGGGGCAAAGCAUUACACAAGUGCUGUUGAUAUGUGGGCUGUUGGAUGCAUUUUUGCUGAGCUUUUGACGUUGAAGCCACUGUUUCAAGGAGCAGAAGUUAAAGCUACUCCAAAUCCUUUCCAGCUUGAUCAGCUUGACAAGAUAUUCAAGGUCUUAGGUCAUCCCACUUUAGAAAAGUGGCCAACACUUGCAAAUCUUCCGCAUUGGCAACAAGAUUCACAACAUAUUCAAGGACACAAGUACGACAGUCAUGGGCUUCAUAGUUUUGUUCACCUCUCUCCAAAAAGUCCUGCAUAUGACCUCUUAUCUAAAAUGCUUGAAUAUGAUCCACGAAAGCGUAUUACAGCAGCACAAGCCCUAGAGCAUGAGUAUUUUCGCAUUGAACCUCUACCAGGUCGAAAUGGCCUGGUGCCCUUCCAAGGAGAGAAAGUUGUGAAUUAUCCUACGCGUCCAGUAGACACAACUACAGACUUUGAAGGGACGACUAGCCUCCAGCCUUCACAACCCGUAUCAUCUGGAAAUGCAGUUUCUGGAAACAUGCCAGGUGCUCAUGGAGUACCUAGUAGAAAUGCCACUCGGCCACCAAUGGGCAUGCAAAGGAUGCCGCCACAGGGGAUGGCAGGUUAUAAUCUAGCAGGCGGUGUAAUGAACCCUGGUGGCAUCCCAAUGCAGCGUGGUGUUAAUCCACAGGCCCAUCAGCAGCAACAGUUGAGAAGAAAAGACCCUGGAAUGGGAAUGAGUGGGUACCCUCCGCAGCAGAAACAACGACGGAUGUGAGGGAUUACGAAGUUGUGUAGAUAACUUAGGAGGCCCAUUUGCCUACUACCUGAAAGUCAACUAAUUCAUGGCAUCUUUUGACACGAAGCUCAGAAAGUUUGGAUCCAUUAUUUCGAACUUCGUUGUUGCUAAAGCCUGAAUGGAUAAAGCUUUCAGUUCAGUUCUGUUGAAAUGGUGGUAGGAGCCCAGAAGGAACGAACUGAAUGUUAUGCAAAUUGCCGAAGCUGCACUCUGGCUCGAGUUCAUGCAUGUCCCUACUUAAGUUGAAUUUGAAUGAUUUUUUUGGCAUUUUGCUGUAUCCCAUUAAGCUUGCCUAAUUCAUAAUUCUCAAUUGUAGGGAAAAA